AUGGAAUGUUCCCCGGAGGCAUACGCCAGUAGGCCUACACCGGAGGCAUACACCAGUAGACCAACACCUGAGGCAUACACCAGUAGACCUACACCUGAGGCAUACACCAGUAGACCAACACCUGAGGCAUACACCAGUAGACCAACACCUGAGGCAUACACCAGUAGACCUACACCGGAGGCAUACACCAGUAGACCAACACCUGAGGCAUACACCAGUAGACCAACACCUGAGGCAUACACCAGUAGACCUACACCUGAGGCAUACACCAGUAGACCUACACCUGAGGCAUACACCAGUAGACCUACACCUGAGGCAUACACCAGUAGACCUACACCUGAGGCAUACACCAGUAGACCUACACCUGAGGCAUACACCAGUAGACCUACACCUGAGGCAUACACCAGUAGACCAACACCUGAGGCAUACACCAGUAGACCUACACCUGAGGCAUACACCAGUAGACCAACACCUGAGGCAUACACCAGUAGACCAACACCUGAGGCAUACACCAGUAGACCAACACCUGAGGCAUACACCAGUAGACCUACACCGGAGGCAUACACCAGUAGACCAACACCUGAGGCAUACACCAGUAGACCAACACCUGAGGCAUACACCAGUAGACCAACACCUGAGGCAUACACCAGUAGACCUACACCUGAGGCAUACACCAGUAGACCUACACCGGAGGCAUACACCAGUAGACCUACACCGGAGGCAUACACCAGUAGACCAACACCUGAGGCAUACACCAGUAGACCUACACCUGAGGCAUACACCAGUAGACCAACACCGGAGGCAUACACCAGUAGACCAACACCUGAGGCAUACACCAGUAGACCUACACCUGAGGCAUACGCCAGUAGGCCAACACCGGAGGCAUACACCAGUAGACCAACACCUGAGGCAUACACCAGUAGACCUACACCUGAGGCAUACACCAGUAGACCUACACCUGAGGCAUACACCAGUAGACCUACACCUGAGGCAUACACCAGUAGACCUACACUGGAGGCAUACACCAGUAGACCUACACCUGAGGCAUACACCAGUAGACCUACACCUGAGGCAUACACCAGUAGACCAACACCUGAGGCAUACACCAGUAGACCUACACCUGAGGCAUACACCAGUAGACCUACACCGGAGGCAUACACCAGUAGACCAACACCUGAGGCAUACACCAGUAGACCUACACCGGAGGCAUACACCAGUAGACCUACACCUGAGGCAUACACCAGUAGACCUACACCGGAGGCAUACACCAGUAGACCUACACCGGAGGCAUACACCAGUAGACCUACACCGGAGGCAUACACCAGUAGACCUACACCUGAGGCAUACACCAGUAGACCUACACCUGAGGCAUACACCAGUAGACCUACACCUGAGGCAUACACCAGUAGACCUACACCGGAGGCAUACACCAGUAGACCUACACCGGAGGCAUACGCCAGUAUACCAGUCAUGAUAAAAACAAUAAAUUGGCCUAAAUACACUAUUAAACAACGAUGUAAAUAUUGA